UGACGUGGAAAUGUCUGGCCACUCUCGAAACAGUUGAAAGCAAAGCUAAAUUUUUGGAAAGCAUAAACUCAUGCAGACACUGCAGUUUUCACAGUAAAUUAAAGUAGAAAUAAGCAUUAAAAAUCAGUACAGCACAGGCAUUUAACUGUCAAGAUGAAAGACACAAAGCCAUUCCCGGUUCUGAAGAAUGACAACCUGCUGCGGGCCGCUCGCGGUGAAGUCGUCGAUCGUGUUCCCGUCUGGGUAAUGCGCCAGGCAGGUCGCUAUCUUCCCGAGUUCCAGGAGCUGCGCAAGCAACACGACUUCUUCACGGUUUGCCGCACCCCAGAGCUGGCCUGCGAGGUGACCAUGCAGCCGUUGCGUCGCUUCGAUCUGGAUGCCUCGAUUAUAUUCUCAGACAUAUUGGUUAUUCCACAAGCCCUUGGCUUGACCGUGGAAAUGCACGCCGGCGUGGGUCCAGUGCUGCCCCAGCCAAUAAACACACCAGAGGACCUAAAGCGGUUGACUCCAGAUGGCGCAUUGUCCCGACUGACCUACGUGGGCGAUGCCAUCACCAUGAUGCGACACAAGUUGGAGGGCCGAGUGCCCCUCAUUGGCUUUACUGGUGCACCCUGGACCCUUAUGGGCUACAUGAUCGAAGGUGGCGGCAGCAAGACCAUGUCCAAGACCAAGGCUUGGCUCACGGAUCACCCGGAGGACACAAGACUGUUUCUCAACCUGCUUACGGACGCAAUCGUGGACUACUUGGAGAUGCAAGUGAAGGCUGGAGCCCAAAUGCUGCAGGUCUUCGAGUCAUCCGCCGAGCAUUUGACCAAGGAGCAGUUCUUGCUGUGGGCUGUGCCCUAUUUGCGCAGGAUACGCGAUGAGCUUGUCGACCGGCUGACCAAAAAAGCUCUCCCAUUGGUUCCGAUUACGCUGUUCGCUAAGGGCGCUGGACACUCGCUGAAAGAGCAAAGCGAGCUGGGCUACGAUGUAAUUGCACUCGACUGGACUGUGGAUCCCAUUGAGGCACGUGCCCUGGUGGGCCCGAACAUAACGCUGAUGGGAAAUUUGGAUCCACAGGACAUGUAUCGUAAUGCCGAUGAGCUGCGGACCUUGACCACUGAAAUGGUUCACAAGUUUGGCAAAUCGCGUUACAUUGCCAAUCUGGGCCAUGGCAUAACGCCCCAAACUCCCAUCACCAGCAUGGAUGUACUCGUGGAGGCUGUGCACAAGGCAUUGUAGCCGACUGUUCGUUAACAAUUACGCCUUAUUUUAUCGAAUGUAAUAAAGACAAGUUCGCCUUUGGGUUAGGGUUAAA